AUGUUGGAUUAGCCGUGUUAUGAUAAUGCAAAUCUAGUAAGUGAUAAUUUUUAUGUAGGGUGAAGGCUUCUUAUAUAAUCUACCUAUUACAUAAAUGGGAUCCAUAUCUUUGUUUAAGGUAAUUUUGAUACGCUCCAAUUUAAGUUGCUGCUUUAUUAUAAUUUUAUUUUGUUAAGCCUCCAUUUUCAAAGUGUCAUUAAAGGUCACUUAUAUCUUAGCUAUGAGUUUUAAUAUUGUCAUUCAUCGAUUGCUAUAUUUUUAUGAUAUCACCCACAAGACUUCUAAGUGA